UGCACGACUGGGUUUACGCCUGUUACCUUUCUCAUGCAAACGUUAGAAGCGUAACAUCUACAAAUAUCGGUUGGCAAUCCAGGUUAAUUACGAAAAGCAACAUGACACAGGCUUCGACUACCAUCUACUCUGCUCCAGGAUUCAGUGACCACAUUCUCGACUUGUUAUAUGACAUGCAGCAGACUGAGAAAUUCUGCGAUCUCCGACUUGAUGCCAAAAACGGAAUGCUCAGAACACACAGCCUCGUUUUGCUGGCUAACAGUACUUUCUUUCAGAAAUGGAUUUUACAUCAGGGUCGGCAGUCUGAGCUGUCGUAUGAUAUACCAGAUUUAACCCUUGAUGAGCUGAAGGGCGUCGUUCAGUUUUUAUACACAGGGAGACUUGUGCUUCAUGAAGAUAAUGUCGACUCCUACAUGGCCUUCUUCGAAAAGCUUGCUAUUGUCGAAGCUGUAAAUCUGUGCCAUGAAUUUUUGACAAGUAGAAGCCGAGAGAUUGUAACUGAGAAGGAAACUGGUAACAGUGCUGGUAAUAUAAAGAGUGACGAAAGCCAGCUGUCUGAUGAACAGACAAUUAAGUCAGAUGGAAAACUUUCCAGUGAAAGAAUAGCCGACAACACUGUUACAUGUAAGUUGCAAUACUAUGACUCUCAACCAGAAGAUGAUGCUAGUGUUGCCAUGACUACAGAGUUGCAACAAUCUGAUACUCCCAAAAGGUUUUCUAUGAAUGACUGUGUGACAUCGGACAAUAAAUUGUUCCUUUGUCAAAGCUCUGUUAAACUUGAAAAAGUGGAUGAUGGCUUCACAGAUUUGAAGAAUGUUGACAGUAUUGAUGAAAAACUAUUGCCACAAAUUGAAAACCCAUUGGUUAGUGUGCCAGACAUUUCCAUGACAUAUGCCACAGAUUUGGGUGCCCCACCGGUUAAAAGAAGACGAGGAAGACCUGCGGGCCAGUGUAAAGCAAGAAAAAAUCAGUUUAAACUGAGAUGUAAAGGACGGAAACUUCACUCAAAAGGGAAAAAUAAAAUUAAAAACAAUGUUAAGUGCAGCACGAAACAAGUGGUAAUAAAUAACUCUGAUAAUGACAGUGUUGAUAUCAGUGAUGGAGACGUUAAGUCAGAAUUUCCCGAAUUACACAAGUCUCAGAAGAAGAUGCGUCGGAGACAAGUGUAUUCGAGAAACUAUUCGUGUGAAUUCUGUGGUCACAAAUCAAUACGGUUCAUGGAGCUGGAGAGUCACCGCCAUUCGAAGCACGACAUCCCGUUUGAUGAGAGCAAGUACACAGUCUACAGAUGUGAGAUUUGUAAUUUUGAGACAAAUAUCCCGAAACGUCUUGAGAAGCAUCUCGCCACCCACACUGAAGACCGACCGAACAUCUGUGAACACUGUGGUAAAACAUUCAAACUGGCAAACGAGCUGAACGCACACGUCCAGAGUCACAUCUUCCCGGAGAAGUUUUCCUGUCAUAUCUGCGGCAAGUCUUUCUCCUCCCCAUUCAUUGUCAAGGAUCACAUAGCAAAUAUUCAUUUGGGCCACAAGAAACAGUUUUUGUGUCACCUGUGUUGCCAUGUUACCGCUGACAACCGCAAUCUGACAUUACAUCUAUGGCAGAAACACCAGAUACCAGUACCCCAGAAAUGUAAAUUAUUCAAGUGUGAUGAGUGUGACUUCGAAACUCUAAGGAAACACAAGUUUACUGUCCACAAAAAACUUCACACAGGUGUGCGAGACCAUGUUUGUGAAGUGUGUGGCAAGGGAUAUUUAACCGGAGGAGCUCUGCGUUCUCACAUGUUGUGGCAUUCGGAUAAAAUCCAUCAGUGUACAUUUGAGCCAUGUAACUAUUCGUCUCCGUCAAAACGACAGCUGGAACAGCACGUCCGCUUGAUGCACACACAGAGGGAUAUGAAGCCAUUUGCAUGUCAUCUGUGUAGUCACCGGUGUUCAGUUCGGGGAAAUCUCGACAAACAUCUGAGAACAGUUCACAGUCUGAAUAUUCCCGACAAGAGACGACUGUCACAUCUCUACAAUCUGGGACGAUGUGGACGAUCGAGAAUCCCUGCGUCGGAGAACCUCGAUGUCGCUCCCGAGACUCUGAGUACAACAAACGUUAACAAACCCAGCACGUGUUCAUCUCAGACCAACAAGGAUGUGGUGGAGGAAACAACCGUGUCAACCAUGCAGGGCCAGGGGGGUGGGCCAGGAGAUAACGAUUUUUCAAUACCCUACACAGGGAUCAACUUUCAAAACUAUUAUCAAAAUAUACACUACUGAUCAACAACUGUGUGACUCAAAAUAUAUACACUACUGAUCUACAACUGUGCGACUCAAAAUAUAUACACUACUGAUCUACAACUGUGCGACUCAAAAUAUAUACACUACUGAUCUACAACUGUGUGACUCAAAAUAUAUACACUACAGAUCUACAACUGUGCGACUCAAAAUAUAUACACUACUGAUCUACAACUGUGCGACUCAAAAUAUACACUACUGAUCUACAACUGCGACUCAAAAUAUACACUACUGAUCUACAACUGUGCGACUCAAAAUAUAUACACUACUGAUCUACAACUGUGCGACUCAAAAUAUAUACACUACUGAUCUACAACUGUGCGACUCAAAAUAUAUACACUACUGAUCCACAACUGUGCGACUAAAAAUAUACACUACUGAUCCACAACUGUGCGACUCAAAAUAUAUACACUACUGAUCUACAACUGUGCGACUCAAAAUAUAUACACUACUGAUCUACAACUGUGCGACUCAAAAUAUACACUACUGAUCCACAACUGUGUGACUCAAAAAUAUACACUACUGAUCCACAACUGUGUGACUCAAAAUAUACACUACUGAUCUACAACUGUGACUCGAAAUAUACACUAUUGAUCCACAACUGUGACUCGAAUAUACACUACUGAUCCACAACUGUGACUCAAAAUAUACACUACUGAUCCACAACUGUGACUCGAAAUAUACACUACUGAUCCACAACUGUGACUCAAAAUAUACAAUACUGAUCCACAACUGUGUGACUCAAAAAUGUACACUACUGAUACAGAACUGUGACUCAAUAUAUACACUACUGAUCCACAACUGUGACUCGAAAUAUACACUACUGAUUUACAAGUUGGGACGAAGCACUUAAAUAGUUUUUAAUAUUUGAAAAAUAUUUAUUUUUUAGUAUAUUUAUAUUUGUAAAUGAUUAUUGUAUAAAAUAAACAGGUUAUGCGUUAUAUUCAGGUUAUCCUACCAGUGUACGCUACAGACGGCCAAAUAAAGGUAUAUUGUCAGUAGAUUCAGAUAUGUAUAAAAUUAGAUUUUCAAAAGAGGUCAUACAUUUUUGAAGUGAGUGUUGGAGUGAACCGUUUUGUUCAUUUUUGCAAAUAAUAAUUAAUAUUAAUAAAUGUUUUAAAAAUGGUUCAUUCCUGUUAGUAUUUGACCUUCAUUUCACUAUCCGGAGAUUGAUUCCCAUCAGUAGGCCCAUUAGGCUAUUUCUCAUUCCAGCCAGUGCACCACGACUGGUAUAUCAAAGGCCGUGGUGUGUGUUAUCCUGUUUGUGCUGAUGCAUAUAAUAGAUCCCUUGCUACUAAUGGAAAAAUGUAGCGGGUUUGCUAUCUAAAAUAUGUCAAAUUAACAAAUGUUCAACAUUCAAUAGCCUUAAUAAAUCAAUGAGCUCUAAUGGUGGUGUUAUACGGAAUUAACUUUUUGACUGUCCAGGAACAGAGCUGUUGUCAUGAGGGCAUUUGUUAACUAUUUCAUAUUGAUAAUUGAACAUUAACCAAUUCAAAAUUAUCUAAAUUAUAUUAAACUUAUUUUGGAGCCAGUAACAAGUUUUCAUGCACUGUCAUUUUGUUAUGGUGAAGAAUUACAAAUGGGCUGGAUCUCUUCGAGCUUCAAGAUAGGCUGUGCAUAUUUCCAUCAUAAAUCUGAUUUCUGCAACAUAAAUAUAGUUUAUGAAUUUUAAUAAUUUUUACUAGUAAUUUUAAUGUAGCAGUUGCAUUAAUUAAAUUUGAUGGCAUAUCAAAUAAACAUUAUCCAGUGGAUUGUUAAGAAUUGUUGUAAUGAUUUAUUUAUGAUGUAAUAUUCCAUAUGUGGUGCUUGGAGGGUGUAUGGUGUUUGUACAUUGAAGUCCAAUUUCUAUUACAGUGUGCAUAUUUUCAUUCUAAAGGUGCAGGGUAUAAGCUGUCACAGUAUAUUGUUAUCACAGUUAAUUGUUGGCAAAUUUGGUUUGAAAACAAUUCAAUUUCAUGGCCAAACAUUGCUAAGCAAUGCUGGAACUCGGGGAUAUCGUGGCACUAUAAUUGUAAGUAAAUUGUUUAAUAUUUGAAUAAUAAUGGAAGUGUCAAAGGAAAAAUUACAAUAUAAAGUUCUUUAAUAUUAAUACAUUUUUGUGAUCUGUUUGAUGAACUCAUUCAGUCGCAGAUCAUGUUAUUAAAUGAUGAAAUCCA